AUAUGUCUUUUUAUCGUUUUCCGAAUGGCUGGCUGCAUCUUCAACAAGUCGCUGUUGUUUCGUUUUCAGUUCAGGGUUUCUUGCCUUUGUGUUCCGUCAACUUGAGGUUCAGUAAUGGCUGAAACGUGAUUUUCAAACGGUCGGUGGAAAUUAUGACCAUCAACCUCUGGUCGUCGGAGAAGAAGGAAGAUAAGGGAGGAGGAAUCGAGGUAAAAAGAAAACGAACUGCGUUGGGGAGUUUUCUCCCACUGCUGGUCUUAUUGAAGUCCGGGCUGGUGAAGGUGAAAGAAUAUUAGGGUUCGAGUUGGUUUAUAUGGGGAUUUUGUGACGCCUUUCCCGUUUUUUAUCAAUUGCUGGAGUAUAUAGUGAGAGAUAGAGAACGCUUGCAGGUUAAGAAGCUGUUGUAGAAGUUAGAGGAAGGGAACAGUGUAUCGAUAGAAUGGGAGCAACGUUUAGCUGCUUUAUUGCACCAAAAUCAUCUCAAACAAAGAAGAAUUCAAGUGAAUCCACCAUUGGAAAUUUUGGCACACUAUCCCAGUCACUAAACAGCAUCCGCAUGUUUAGUUAUAAUGAGAUGAUUUCAGCAACAAGGAGUUUUCAUCCAACAAAUAGAAUAGGGCGUGGUGGAUUUGGAAUUGUGUAUAAAGGUUUAUUAAAGGAUGGAACCCAAAUAGCAAUAAAAUCACUUUCCACUGAAUCAAAACAAGGAAUCCAUGAGUUUUUGACUGAAAUUGACAUGGUAUCAAAUAUUAGGCAUCCAAAUCUUGUUCGAUUGAUUGGUUGUUGUGUUGAAGGCACUAACCGAAUGCUUGUUUAUGAAUACAUGGAAAAUAAUAGUCUAGCUAGUGCUCUACUUGGCGCUUAUAAUAAACAAAUUGCUUUGGAUUGGGCAAAAAGGGCUGCUAUUUGUCUGGGCACAGCUAAUGGGCUUGCGUUUCUUCAUGAGGAGGCCGAGCCUCACAUUGUCCAUCGUGAUAUCAAGGCUAGUAAUAUUUUACUUGACGAGGAUUUUCUUCCAAAAAUAGGAGACUUUGGUCUAGCAAAGCUUUUUCCUGACACAGUGACUCACAUUAGCACACGGGUGGCUGGGACUAUGGGUUACAUGGCGCCCGAGUACGCUUUACUUGGACAAUUAACCAAAAAAGCAGACAUCUAUAGCUUUGGGGUGCUCAUGCUUGAAAUUAUUAGUGGAAGAAGCAGUGCAAGAUCUGUAUGGGGACUUGACAUGAAGGUUCUAUUGGAAUGGACAUGGGAGCUACGGAAUGAAGAUAGAUUGUUGGAUAUAGUAGAUCCUAAGCUUGCUGAGUACCCCAAAGAUGAAGUUGAGCACUUUAUUAAGGUGGCACUGCUCUGCACGCAAGCAACUUCCCAUCAGAGACCCAAUAUGAAGGAGGUGGUUGUAAUGCUGCAGUCCAUCGAAAUGGAUCUGGAUGUCAAGAGUCUGAAACAGCCAGGUAUCGUCAAAGAUGCAAACCGUUCUUUAGGGAUCCUCGGUAAGCUGAAGAGAUCUCAAUUGCCCAAUCACAGCCAAUCAAAUAGUGCUUCUGACUUGAUAUCUACAGCUGAAGAGGCAGGAGGCAGUACUCCAAUAAGCACAUUUGAACUGCAGCCUAGAUAGGUGAAUCCACAGCCUAGGGAGAAAUUAAUUCAAAUUUCGACCGUUGGAGUCAAAAGGCCAAGGUAUAUGUAGUGCGCUUUGUGGCCAAGCACUCCAAAAGUUAUCAGGUGGUGUAUUUUAGGUUUAGUUAGCAAAAUACUAGAUAGUUUGUAGUGGAUAUUGAUGAAUUUAAUAUUAGGCAUGAAAAAUACAGGUUAUU